AUUUUGAACAAAAAAAGAUGGAUUAGAUUUCGGAAUUUUACAGCUUAGGAUUGGAUUUGAUUAUUGAAUAGGUUAGAAGAGGGGCGAUAGACGACGGAUUGAAAAUUUUUAAAGAAAACUAGUUUUGUCAAAGAAAAUAAGCCGGGUAGUCAUACAAAAUACUAUUUGAAGUGUCUAGUGAUCUAGUUUAGGACAAGUUUUUGCGUUUCUAUUCCUAAUAUUUCAGUGUUGUGGAGUUUUUUUUUUUUGCAGGAUAUUUUAUAAUAUUCCAUUAUACAUUAAAAGAUAUAGUGUGGACAGAUUAAAAAAAAGUUAAACUGCGUACAAUAAUAUAUACCUACUUUAAUCUGAAAUAUUUUAAAAAUGACCUACCAACUGUAUAGAAACACAACAAUUGGAAACACAUUACAGGAAAGUCUAGAGGAACUUAUGCAGUAUGGCCAAAUAACACCUGGACUUGCAAUGAAGGUUUUACUUCAGUUUGACAAAUCCAUCAAUAAUGCAUUAGCUACCAGAGUCAAGUCAAGAUUGACAUUUAAGGCUGGCAAACUGAAUACUUACAGGUUCUGUGAUAAUGUGUGGACUUUCAUGCUGAACGAUGUGGAAUUUAGAGAGGUCCAAGAGGUGGCUCGAGUUGACAGAGUGAAGAUAGUUGCCUGUGAUGGGAAAAAUGUGGGUGAGGAAGCUGCUCUGGCCAGGCGAUAAACCGAUCCACUUUGUGUCACUGCAUUUCUUGGUACUGUUUAACUCACAGAUUCAUCUUUUUCAUGUAAAAUUAAACUAUAAUACAUUU